UGGAGUACUUCUAUUUUUUAGUAACUUGGCACAAAAUUCCCAUUUCUUACUUUUUAUAUUUUCAAAUAAAAAAAAUUAAUUGUAAUCCAGAGUUUCUCAGAGCACAUUCCCCACCAUUUCUACAGCUUCCAGAAGUAAUCUGUCUUUCUUUCCUUCUUCUGUUCACCAAUCACCAGCAGCAAGCAGCAACACAAUAAGUUGUUGUAAUUGUAACAGAAAUCAACUCGAUGAUGGAGCUUUAAUAUAUGUUAUAAAAGUGCGGAUGCAGACAGAAGCCCGUACUAAAUAUUUUACGGGAUAACAAUAGUAUGGACUCUCUUGUAUCGAUCAUAACGGAAGUGGGGGGAUGGUUUGUGGAACCAGUCAAGAAUCGAGCAAAACUCAUAACCGAUCACAAAACUUUCGUAGACGAUUUGAGGGAUGAACAUACGGUAUUAUCGGGUAUGAUCACGAGAGUCCAAAAUAAAGUCAAGCAAGCUAAAAACAAUGGUGAAAGCAUAAUCGACGAUGUGAACAAAUGGUUUCAAGAGGCUCAAGUCAUUAAUGAUGAUGUAGCUUCUUGGCUUACUGAUGUAGGUGGCCUAAAACCGAAAUGUGGACCUUUUCCUAAAUGCUACGAUCUUUACAAGCGAAGUAAGAAAGCCGUAAGGGAGAAAAAAAAGGUUACUUCGCUUGUUCAGCGUGGAAACAAUAUUCAAGAAGUGUCAUACCCAAGCUCCCCUAAAGGAAUAGAACUCGUAUCACACGAGGGAUUCACUGCGUUUGAUUCUACUACCAUGUCUUUUAAUGAGACCCUAUCGGCCUUAGGAAAGAGUAGCACGAAAACUAUAGGCGUGUUUGGAAUGGGAGGUAUCGGCAAGACAACUUUGGUGACGGAAGUUGGUAAAGUGGCUAAAGCGCGCAAAAUGUUUGAUCAGGUGGUGUUUGCGGUGGUGUCUCAGACACUCGACAUACGAAAGAUUCAAGGUCAAUUAGGUGAUAUGUUAGGAUUAACUUUCUCUAGAGAGACUGAAAUCGGAAGGGCGGGCCAACUUAAGGAUAGACUUAAGUUUGAGAAUACCGUCUUGGUUAUCCUAGACGAUGUUUGGAAUACAAUCGAUUUGGGUGAUAUUGGGAUUCCGAUUGGUAAUGAUCACAAGGGGUGCAAGGUUCUCAUAACUACUCGUCGUGAGCAUGUUUGCACAUCGAUGCGUUGCCAAGAAAUCGUCUCAUUAAGUCUCUUAGAUGAAACGGAAGCAUGGGAACUUUUUAAAAUUAAUGCAGGAGGUGUGCUGAACGAACCGUCGGUUGAGCUUAAACAGAUAGCUAAGCAAGUUAUUGGAGAAUGUCAAAGGUUGCCAUUAGCCUUAGUUGUAGUGGCAAGUGCUCUGAGCGGAAAAUCGCUAGACGAAUGGAAAACCGCUGCUGAAAACCUUCAAAAGUCGAAGCUUACAGACAUCGAAACAGUUGAUCGAAACGUGUAUGCAUGUUUCAGGUUAAGUUAUGAUUAUCUAAAAGCAGAGGCUACAAAGAAGUGUUUUUUAUUGUGUUCUUUGUUUCCUGAAGAUCACGAGAUUGAUAUCGAAGAAUUGACUAAAUAUGCAAUGGGAUUUGGUCUGUUCCAAGAUGUCGACUCGUUCAGAUCAGUCAAAUCACACGUGCAGAACACGAUCAAAGAUCUGAAAGCAUCAUCGUUGCUGUUAAAAACAGAUAACAUGGCGAACCAUGUGAAAAUGCACGACAUGGUUCGUGAUGCUGCCCUUUGGAUCACGAAUUCUGAAGGCGAGAAGCCCUUCAUUGUACCGACUCCAUUGGAGAAUAAUUGGGUACGAAACAAUAAACUUGGCGAAGCCAUGGCUAUUUCUUUGCUAGCAUUCCCUAUGAACGAUCGAUUCCCUACACGACUUCAAUGUCCUAGUUUGAAACUAUUGUUGCUUGCACAACGUGCACCCUUACGAUUAAACGAUAUAUUUUUUGAUGGGUUGAAAGCAUUACAAGUUCUAGAUUUGACUGCAGCUAAGAAUCGUCUUGAGAUGGUUUUACCGUCGUCAUUGAAGUCGCUUCAAAAUCUCCGAACUUUGCUGCUUAGACGAUGGAAACUAAAAGGCGAUAUAUCCAUGAUUGGGAGUCUAAGGAGCCUAGAAAUCCUUAGUUUUUCGGGAAGUCUUAUUUUCGAGUUGCCUAUGGAAUUAGCUGAGUUAUCUGAGCUAAGACACUUGGAUUUAUCCGGGUGUAAAGAGCUAGCAGGCUCGUAUACUGAAGUACAAAGCCGGUUGUUCAAGUUAGAGGUUGUGUAUGCACCAAACCAACCGAUGCUAGCAUUUCCUGACGAUGAUGACGAAGAUGAAGAAUGAUUUUGUGUAUAUGUGAAUUGUAUUUGUCACUUGGAGGAUCAAGAGACAAGAGGAAUGAUCCCUCCAUUUUUGGACAAUGAAAAGUAUGUUUUGGUUUUGUCACAAAUUAAGAUAUGGUCAGCUGAUUUUUGGUUGUAAUUUGUAUUGAUUCUUUGAAAGUGUUUGGUGUAAAAUAAAAGAAUUAGCUCAUUUUUUAAAA